AUGGCAGAAGAAGGACCUCAGGUGAAGAUUAGAGAAGCUACCAAAGACAAUGUGGACUUCAUUCUCUCCAACGUGGAUAUAACGAUGGCCAACUCGUUGCGUAGAGUCAUGAUAGCAGAGAUCCCAACACUUGCGAUCGACUCAGUGGAGGUGGAAACCAACACCUCUGUGCUGGCAGACGAAUUUAUUUCGCACCGCCUGGGCCUAAUCCCGCUGCAGAGCAGCGAUAUCAAUGAUCUCAUCUACUGCAGAGACUGCUAUUGCGAAGACCACUGCGACCGAUGCUCCGUUGUGCUGACACUGCAGGCCGUGGGCGAGAGCGAGUCGACUACCAACGUCUAUGCCAAGGAUUUAGUGAUCGUAAGCAACCUGAUGGGCCGCAACAUCGGCCACCCUAUUAUCCAGGACAAAGACGGUAACGGCGUACUCAUCUGCAAGCUGCGUAAGGGCCAGGAGCUCAAGCUCAAAUGUGUUGCCAAAAAGGGUAUCUCCAAGGAGCACGCUAAGUGGUCACCUGCGGCGGCUAUAGAAUUCGAAUACGACCCUUGGAACAAGCUAAAACACACCGACUACUGGCACGAGACUGAUGCCGCGGCAGAGUGGCCGCAGUCCAAGAACUGCGAGUACGAGGACCCACCAAACGAGGACGAAGCCUUUGACUACAACGCUAAGCCAACUACAUUCUACAUGAACGUCGAGACUGUUGGGUCUCUGACCGUUGACCAGGUCGUCAUCCGCGGCAUGAAGACUCUGCAGGACAAAGUGGCAGACAUUUUGUUCUCACUGAAAAAAAUGGACCAAGACAAGGUCAACUUCGGAGGCACUGCGGGCAUGGUGGAUCAGGACGGAGGAGCUAUGCCCGUGGAGCCCGAUUCCGGCUUCGCAUACGGCAGUGGCGGGCCCAGCAGUGGUAGCGGAAUGGGCGGCGGCCCGGGCGCUCCUUUCGGCCACACGGGUCCAAGCUCCGGGUUUGAUGAUGCAUGGUAA